CGCUGGAUCAUGCGAUUUCCCAAGUGACGAACUGCCCACUGGGACAUUACCUCGGACGAGUCUCCAUGGACACAAUGGGCUUGCGUACACCGACUCUUCCGAGUUUCGCAGUUGUCCGCCCUUGACUGGAGAUGAGUUAGAUACAGUUAAAAGAAGGGCUAAUCCCGCCCAGGGAUAUCUGCUACCCCUUCGUCGAGAGCUUGUUCGGCCUUGAGUUACAGCAACACUUGUCAUCUUGACGCCCGUUCUUGUGUUCGAUUGUCAUCUCAGCUGGGCCUUACCCCCAAACUCUAAGAUCGGGUACGUGCCAGUGUUGAGGGACCUCGAUCGAAGCGUUGACAACCUUGACACCUUAAACCUAGGUCUUCUGGUCCCCUUUUUCUCUGAGCUUCGCCGUUCGACCAACAUCCGCCAUAUUCAGAGUAGAAUCUGCUGGCUGUCGACGUUGGCUCAGUCUCUCGUUGCCGGCAUUUUGUCAUUCAACCGCCGGCGUUGCAAACGUCGGACAAGCCCAGGUUGCAGUCUGCUACAAGCUUCACAGCAAUAUCCCUGUCCAAGUCUUCUGGUGGAAGCUCUUACCGACACGAAAGCAAACGCUGCCGAUCCCGCCCCUGGCUGUGUCCCCGUCGCUCGGAAGCCAGGCCCAUUAAACCGGAGGUAAGGCGGAUCUGCCCACCUUCUCAUGGCCCCAGGAUUUCUAUUAAACAUUCGAUGAUCUCAGACCCCACCGAGUUAUCCCGGCCGCGACCCUCGGCAACUUUGCGACCUCGAUUCGUCUACGACUUAUAACCUGGAUUCGUGCUGGUCCGUUGCGCAUACGUGACUACCGGCCCUUCUCUCCUCAACUGCGAUCGUUGCUUUGGAUAUUGCUGCAGUAACCCUAGUGGCCAUCCACCGAUUGCUCUUCGAUUCGACACAUCAUGGAUGUCGUUCUCGAGGUUGUCGAUACCUUUGUUGGCGACCAGCUCUACGCCAAAUUGCUCCCAACCGGUUCAGCUCCUUACGACUUCCCUCACCACGCGAACGCCACGGCGCAACCGAUAUCGACAUGGCAGUAUAAGCCCUCGACACAAAUGCUCUACCUCGAGCCUUCCGAAGCCGCAUAUAUGAGCGCCUGGCCAAGAGAUAAUAUCUUCCGACAGUUCGCAUCUCUCUUCCUCGUCACAUGGUUCUUCGGCAUUCUCAACUACUUUGUCUUCGCGACUCUAUCGUACAUCUUCAUCUUUGACAAGAAGACUUUUAGCCACCCAAAGUUCCUCAAGAAUCAGAUCCGUCUCGAGAUGAAACAGGCCAACAUGGCCAUGCCGGUCAUGGCAAUCUGCACCGCGCUCACCUUCGUCGCCGAGGUGCGCGGCUACUGCAAGCUCUACGAUACCACCGAGGAGGGCCCCGGCCGUUGGUACGACUAUGCGCAGUUCCCGCUCUUCAUCCUCUUCACCGACCUGUGCAUCUACUGGGCUCAUCGGUGGCUGCAUCUCCCGCUCGUCUACAAGCACCUUCACAAGCCUCACCACAAGUGGAUUAUGCCCUCGCCCUACGCAAGCCACGCCUUCCACCCCCUCGACGGCUUCGCGCAGUCGGUCCCGUACCACGUCUACCCGAUGCUGUUCCCUCUCAAUAAGCUGGCAUACGUUGCACUGUUUGUGUUUAUCAACUUUUGGACCAUUCUCAUCCACGACGGUGAGUACAUUACCGACAACCCCAUCAUCAACGGCUCAGCGUGCCACACCGCCCACCACUUGUACUUCAACUACAACUACGGUCAGUUCACCACCCUCUGGGACCGUCUCGGUGGCACUUACCGCAAGCCCGACCUAGCCUGGUUCAACAAGAAGACCAAGAUGGCCAAGGAGACGUGGGAGUCCAACAUGAAGGAGAUGGAAGACAUCCAAAAGGAGGUUGAGGGCGACGACGACCGCCAGUACGUUGCCGCCGAGGCAAAGAAGACGAACUGAGAGCCAGUCUAAAGUGUGCUGGACACGCUCAGCGUCAAAAGCCAGCCCGCAAGUGAACAGCUGAAGAAUCCACUUUCUAGAUAUUUGUAAUACUUUGGCUCUGGCCAUACCUUUGACUGUAUAUAUACAAAGCGGCACAAUGGAAUGCUGGGCGCAAUAUGGACGGAUGAUGGUGAUAUAAUGGGAGCGAAGCCAUCUGACGGUCUGCGGGUAUGGACGGACCCAGGGUGUAAUAGCUAGUAGCGCAACUGGACCCUUUAGAGGUUCCAGAAUGCCAACUCGAAAAUGACACGAGGUUUGAAGAACACACUAGCAAAUGUCGAGGAGAAGAAGGACUCGAUUAUCACAUCUACCGGACUUCCGGAAGCCUGUGCGAUCUCGUAGGAUGGACAUGUUGAAAAGUUGGGUCACGGAGUCAAAAAAAAAAAAAAGAGGAUGAAUACGUGGAGGUAACAAGAGUGAAAAUCCAUUGAGGCUGUAUCACGCAAGCUCUACGUUGACAGAUAAUACCAAAAGAAGACGCCGAUCCAUACCGGCGCAAAGAAGGCUUUGUCAACCAGACCCUUAGAAAAGUCCACCACCGGGAAACCCAAGAUAAUACAACAUAGAAAAAAGAAAAAGAAGAGGGAAAAAAGCUCGCUCCAACGCCUGUUUGCCCUAGGAAGUAGUGGAAUGUCGAAGAGUUGAGAAGCAAGGAAAAGUAGUCGGUGGCCUGUUUGGGCGCGUUAAAAGGAUUUGUGGUUGUUGGAGGUGAAGGCUUGGGAAUAUUGAGUUAUGCUCCGGUGCAAAGUGAUCAGGAAUGAUCCUUCGUGGUCAUUUCCCUCCUCUCGAAUGAGAUAUAACGGUGUAGUCGUCGGUAGUUCGUAUCGCAGUCUAGUGCAAAUAUAUGCUGCAAACGACGUUUCCCGCCUGCCCGAACUGUGUCGGGUAUCCCCUUUUCGCCUCUCUCAUUCUCUCUCCCCUCCGCUCGUUCUCUCGAGGUAGCUCGUGCAUGCCUCGCCUAGCUGAACGUGACAGCCUUGGGAUCUAAAGGCCUCCCAUCCGGCCCGAUACCGUUGGCCUUGAAGCGCUGCUCCAUGUACACCCUGCGCGCGUCGUCAAACUUCAUGCGGCGCUUCUUCAUGAUCUUGAGAAUCUCCUUCUUGCUGCGAUCGUCGAGCCCUGCGCGGCUGUCGCCGGAUUCGACGUUGCCCGCCAAGUCAAAGGUCGAGCUCGAGAGGCCAGCGUCGAUGUCGCCGACGAAGGAGGAGGGUAGACGGGAGUAGAUGUAGUCGCGGCCGGGGAUCGGGAGGUCGGGAACGAGGUGGAGCCAGUGGCCGCGGGUGAAGUAGAGGGCCGUUGCACUGAUGAGGAGGAGGAACGAGACGGAGUAGAGGAGGUACGACAUCUUGGGCGACUUUCGCUUUCGAGGGCGCGGUUGAGAUGGAACGACGUUGGGCUGGUGGCCGAUACGCUGGUGUGGUUGCUUCGCGAUCGCCGGCUGCUUAGGUGGCUAGACUCCGAAAAGCUAGUGGUGGUGGUGAUCGUCGUGGUUUAGAAUGAACAGAACGGAAGGCAAGGGAAAUGAAUAGUGUGGAAAAAAGAAGUCACAAAGAGAACGGUGUUUUGGCGAAAACGGUCAGGGACUGCCGUUCGAAAGGAUCAAACGAUCAUGUCGGGAUCUGCAAGGAGACAGACGGUCGCGUUUGACUCCAGGCAGAGUGAGGUUAUGCGGAAUGGAAGUGUAAGUGGUGAAAUUCGGCGACGAGCCAGGCGUACCGACCGACGUACGAUGAUGUGGAGGUGCAGUGGUGCAGGCUGCGUAAGUGCGCUGGACACUAACACUACUCAGGCUCCCCAGUUGGCCUCUUUUGGGAAUGGGAGAGAGCCCGCAGGGACUCUG